AUUUCCUAUUCUCUACCCCCAGCGAGAAGAAUGGUGCUCUGGAAUACCAGCGGAGGGUUUCUGAGCAUCGAUCCCACCGCCCCAGCCUGGGAGAGCACACUCACACCAGUGAAUGUAAGUGACCAGGCCUUUCUGCAAACUUUCCCCGUGGAGCUGCUGACCCUGGCCUUGCUGAGCCUCACCUUUGCCCUCGGUGGGCUGGUAGGAAACCUGAUCGUGCUCUGGCUCCUGGGCUUCCGCAUGCAGAGGAACGCCUUCUCCGUCUAUAUCCUCAACCUGGCAGGAGCCGACUUCCUUUUCCUCUCCUCCCAGGUUGUCUAUUCCCUGCAGGAUCUCGUCAAAUUCCAUUCCGUGCCCCUUUCCAUCCCCAGCUUUUUCACCACCGUGUGGACCUUUGCCUACAUCGCAAGCCUGAGCAUUCUCAGCGCCCUUAGCACGGAGCGCUGCCUGUCCGUCCUGUGUCCCAUCUGGUACCGCUGCCACCGCCCAAGACACACGUCAACUCUGAUGUGUGCCCUGCUCUGGGCCCUGUCCUUGCUUCUGAGCAUCCUAGAAGGGAAGUACUGUGGCUUCCUGUUACAGGAUUUUGACGAUCAUUGGUGUCAGGCGUUUGAUUUCAUCACUGCCGCCUGGCUGCUUUUCUUAUUCGUGCUUCUCUCUGGGUCCAGCCUGGCCCUAGUGACCAGAUUCCUGUGUGGCUCCCAUCGGAUGCGGCUGACCAGGCUGUAUGUGACCGUAGCGCUCACAGUGCUGGUCUUCCUCCUCUGCGGCCUGCCCUUCGGCAUUCACUGGUUCCUCUUAAACUGGAUCCAGAUGAGUUCUGAUACAGUCCUCAGGCAUCUCUGUCUGGUUGCAAUUGUCCUGUCCUGUGUCAACAGCUGUGUCAACCCGAUCAUUUACUUCUUCGUUGGCUCCUGUAGACAGCGGUGGCCCCAGCGGCACAAGACCCUCAAGAUGGUCCUUCAGAGAGCUCUGCAGGACGGAUCGGGAUGGGGGGAGAGUGAAACCAGCCUUCCUCAGGAGACUCUGGGGAGGGAGAGAAGCAGCCUGGUGUCCUGAUUCAGAGUCUGCCUCCCUCAGACAAAUGCGGCUUUGAGAGCCAGCGUUCUCCCCAUCAGUUUGGGAGGUUUUCUUGACUUCCCUCAGGCUCCAGGUGCCCUGAUCAUAAAACCUUGAAGUUUUAAGAUAAAGCUUAAGAUUGAGACAAUGAUCUUUCUCAUGAGGACUGAGACAGCACCUGUCAAGCAAACACUGAAGUGCUGUGCCUCAAGGAUGGCCUCACCCAGGGCCUUCCCACCAUCCUGAGCUUCGCCAGCUCUUGGGUCCCCUCCUGAAGAAUCCCACCUUCAACGGAGGCUGAACUCGGUGCGGGAAAGGUCGACAGUUUCUUCGGUCACUGCACUCAGGAGGGACUAGAAGGACAUUCCAUCACAAGUUUCUGUGGUCACCCUUUUGCUAUCUGCCUCCAAAAAAUUAAAAGAGUUAAAAGUGCAGUCUAGCCCCAAACAGCCAUCAAUCUUCUUUGAUUUUGGAAGGCCCUCG